AUGUAAGAACUUUAAAUUUAACAAUCUAUAAAAUGUCAUCAAUAAGACGAAAAGCUAAAGAAAUUGUUUAUGAAAUUAGCUCUGAACUCAUUGCGCAAGUAUUUUAACAAUAAAGGAAUUCCCUAUCAUCCUUUAAUUACUUGCGUAAGCAUAAAACCUGGAUGUAUUAAUAGAUGUGCCUCUCUCUAAUCAUAUCCUAAUUAAUCUGUUUGGAAAUCUUUGAUAGAGUUACCAAAAGAUUUAUAAUAAGAAGUAGCUGAAAUUUUAACGAAAGACUUAAAUGCCAAAUAAUAAAAAUUCUCCCCAAAAUUUCUAAUAGAAGCUUAUGAAAGGAUUAAGAAUAACUUUGACUUUUAGAGUUUCUAUAAAGAGCCAACCAAUAUAAACAGUCCAUCAAAUGAUAUACAAUUAGAUUUUUAAAAAGGAUAAUUAAUUGAGUCUAAAGAUGAUGGGAUUAAGAUAAAAUAGAAGAAAUGGUCUAAAGGUGAAGAUUUUGUAAGUGAAUCAAAAUAAAUUUCUACUUAAAUGAGAUUGUGUAAUCAAUAUCCACCAUUAGUUAAAGUCAAUUAAGUUCAUUAUCAUAAAAUGAGAAGUCUUCUAGAAAAAAUUAAGGACCAGAAAUUCAAAUGGUCAAAAGAAAUGAAAAUCUUUGUUGAAGAACUUGAAAAGUUUAUUUCAAAAGAUCCAUAGGCAGAAGAAUUAAAACCAAAGAAGAAGAUAAAAAAAUCAAAUGAUUAAAAGGAAUACUAAUAAGAUGAUGAAGAAUCUAUUUAAAGAUCAAAAACACUUUAAGAUUAAGUUAAAGUAGAAGAAAAUUAAGCAUAGGACUUCCUCGAUUAAUUCAAAAUGAAAAUUAAAUAGAUAGAACCUGGUAUUGUUAUGUACCUUCCAGAAUACGCAAAAAUAAAUCCUUAAUAUCAUCAAUGUUAUAAAAAUCUAGAAGAUGCUUAUUUCAAAGAUCUUUAUUAUAAAGUAAGGGUCGAUGAUAUGGUAUUAAAUCCAUAGAAUAUUUUAAAAACUCUUAGAGAAUACUUUUCAAAUUGUAAUUAUCUGAUUCCAUACAAGGAAGAGCAUGAACCUUCUUUUAAAUGA